AUGCGGAGAAUCCGUUGUAGAGCCCCUGACCUACUAAAGACUUCUAAAAUUACCCCACUUCACAAAAAGGGCCCUAAAAAUGAUGUAGCCAAUUACAGGCUCAUACCACAACUCAGCUCAUUCUCAAAAAUAUUUGAAAAAUUAUUUUACACCAGAUUGGUAGACUUUACUAAUAAACUAUUCUUAUUAACAAAACACCAGCAUGGUUUAUCCAAAGCCUUUGAUGUAAUAUGGCUAGAAUCUUACUUGUCAAACAGAUUACAAAAAGUUGAAAUUAAUUUUGAAAAAAAGAAUGCAACCACCCAUCAAUGUACUGAUACAGAGGACCGCAACCAAAAAAUUAAACUGCUUAUGUCAUCACUCAGCAAAUGGUUCAACAAGAACAAACUGUCAUACCUGUUAAACAAUUACUGCACAUUAAAAUUCAAUGGAGAUAUUCAUAACUAUGUAACAAGUCAGCAAUCUGACCUACGGGUUAAAAUUGUAAACAAUUUUAUAAUAAAUGUUCAAUUGGUCUGA